GAGGAGACUAAUAGAAUCGGAGAGAGAAUGGCGACGUGGAGGACGCAAGUACACAGAAUGGUGUGAGAGAAUCAGAGAUAGGCAGGCAAUGAGUGGAGUGGGAAUCUUUCCGUGUUUUCAAAUAAGGUGAGAUCCUCCUGCAAUCAAGAAUCUCGCUGCCUCCCUCUUUUCAUCACACCCACAUGUAUAUGAAUAUCUUCCAUUUACUUACAUUUUGAAGAAAAGACAUGUGUCCAGGAGUGACACACAUCUCGUCUCAACAAGCGGACGACACACGACCAGCCACUCAAACUUAACUCAAACCCCACUUUCAUUUUCAAGCGAUUCACAUACGUGGGGUCUUUAAUUCCCUUAUUUGUACAAGUAGGCUUGCUGUGCUGUGUGUUUCUCCUCCUCGGCUCAAUGGCGACUUACUGGUCAUCCCCUCCGACUAUCCAGCCGCAGCAGCAGAAGCAGCUUGUUCAUACACACACACUUCUAUUACAUCCUGCGUAUUCUCGGUUCAAGUACCCCCCACCUCGUACCAGAAAUGCUAGUUUGUUUAUCAGGUGUAGUGAUACCAGCAGUGCCCCCGCAGAAACGAGUAGCAAGAGUAACGUAAUUAGUACUAGGAGGUCAGUGGAGGCGCCCAAGAUUAAAAGCCCCAAGCUUGGAAAAAACAAGAUUCAAUUGAAGGUUAAAGACCAGAAGAAUAAGGUUGUUGAUGUGAGGACUAUGUAUCAGAAUGGGGAUCCUUUGGGGCGCAGGGAUCUGGGGAAGCCUGUGGUGAAAUGGGUUUCUCAGGGGAUGAAGGCUAUGGCGUCUGAUUUCGCUACGGCGGAGAUUCAGGGGGAGUUCUCUGAGGUUCAGCAGAAAAUGGGGCCUGGGCUAACCUUUGUGAUUCAGUCUCAGCCUUAUCUGAAUGCUAUUCCCAUGCCUGUUGGUGUGGAAGCUGUUUGCUUUAAGGCCUGCACUCACUACCCUACCCUCUUUGAUCAUUUCCAGAGGGAGCUCCGGGAUGUUCUCCAGGAUCUCCAAUCCAAGUCUUUAGUCGCCUCGUGGACUCAGACGCAGAGUUGGAAGCUCCUCAAGAAGCUGGCCACUUCAGCUCAGCAUAAAGCGAUAGCAAGGAAGGUUUCCCAGCCGAAAGCUGUUCAGGGGGCACUAGGAAUGGACAUUCAUAAGGUUAAGGCUAUUCAGAGCAGAAUUGAUGACUUCACCACGAGGAUGUCUGAGUUACUCCGCAUAGAAAGGGACUCUGAACUGGAGUUUACCCAGCAGGAAUUGGAUGCGGUUCCCAUGCCAGACGAGACGUCUGAUAUGUCUAAACCAAUUGAGUUCCUGGUUACUCAUGGGCAGGUUGAGCAGGAGCUCUGUGACACCAUCUGUAAUUUGAUUGCUGUCAACACUUUCAUAGGUUUGGGUGGCAUGCAUGUGGUGGUGUUUAGGGUGGAGGGACAUCACAGAUUACCCCCAACAACCCUCUCUCCAGGUGAUUUGGUUUGUGUGAGGACUUGUGAUAGCAGAGGUGCAGGUGCAACUUCUUGCGUACAGGGGUUUGUUAACAACCUAGGGGAUGAUGGAUGUAGCAUCAGUGUGGCAUUGGAAUCUAGACAUGGUGAUCCCACUUUUUCUAAGCUCUUUGGUAAGAGCAUACGCAUCGACCGCAUUUAUGGAUUGGCUGAUACACUCACAUAUGAGCGGAAUUGUGAAGCCCUCAUGAUGCUUCAGAAGAAAGGUUUACAGAAGAAAAAUUCUUCGAUAGGUACCGUGGCCACAUUGUUUGGCGACGAAGAUGAUGUUGCAUGGCUGGAGGAGAAUGAUGUGGUAGACUGGGCUGAAGCAGAAGUAAAUGGAAUGUUAGAUUUUGAUAAAUAUGACAAAUCACAGCGAAGGGCAAUAGCAUUAGGAUUAAACAAGAAGCGGCCCAUGUUGAUUAUUCAAGGGCCACCUGGAACUGGAAAGACAGGUUUACUUAAGAAAAUAAUACUGCUAUCUGUUGAACGUGGUGAAAGGGUUCUUGUUACUGCCCCAACUAAUGCAGCAGUGGAUAACAUGGUUGAGAAACUUUCUGAUGUUGAGAUUGACAUAGUGAGGGUCGGAAAUCCAGCACGAAUAUCAUCCACAGUAGCUUCAAAAUCUUUGGCUGAGAUUGUCGACUUUAGGCUUGAAGAUUUCAGAGAAGAGUUUGAAAGGAAGAAAUCUGAUCUGCGAAAAGACUUGAGACAAUGUUUGCGGGAUGAUUCUUUAGCAGCUGGAAUACGCCAACUUCUAAAACAACUUGGAAAGGCAUUAAAGAAGAAGGAGAAGGAGACAGUAAGGGAUAUAUUAACAAGUGCUCAAGUUGUGCUAACAACUAACACUGGAGCAGCCGAUCCACUUAUCAGACGACUGGAUACUUUUGACCUUGUUGUUAUAGAUGAAGCAGGUCAAGCCAUCGAACCAUCCUGCUGGAUCCCAAUGUUGCAGGGAAGGCGCACUAUCCUUGCAGGUGAUGAAUGCCAGCUUGCUCCGGUGAUUUUAUCAAGAAAAGCCUCUGAAGGUGGUCUAGGAAUAUCUCUCCUAGAGAGAGCUGCAAAGUUGCAUGACGGGGUUCUUGCCACAAAGUUAACUACUCAAUAUCGCAUGAAUGAUGCAAUAGCAAGUUGGGCCUCAAAGGAGAUGUACGAAGGAACAUUAACAUCAUCUCAAACAGUCUCUUCUCAUCUUCUAGUAGAUUCUCCAUUUGUCAUGCCCACAUGGAUAACACAAUGUCCAUUGCUUUUGCUUGAUACAAGAAUGCCAUAUGGAAGUUUGUCAGUAGGUUGUGAGGAGCAUUUGGACCCAGCUGGCACGGGAUCUUUCUACAAUGAAGGGGAGGCUGAUAUAAUUGUGCAACAUGUCUUUUCCUUGCUUUAUGCUGGUGUUAGCCCAUCUGCCAUAGCUGUGCAAUCUCCUUAUGUUGCUCAAGUACAGUUAUUGAGGGACAGGCUUGAUGAGAUUCCAGUGGCUAGAGGGAUAGAGGUAUCCACCAUUGAUAGCUUUCAAGGGCGGGAAGCUGAUGCAGUAAUUAUAUCAAUGGUUCGAUCAAACACAAUGGGAGCUGUUGGAUUUCUAGGGGAUAGUCGGAGAAUGAACGUUGCCAUAACUAGAGCUCGCAAACAUGUAGCUGUGGUAUGUGACAGCUCAACAAUAUGUCACAACACCUUCCUGGCUAGGUUGCUUCGCCAUAUAAGAUAUUUUGGAAGGGUGAAGCAUGCUGAGCCUGGUAGUUUUGGCGGAUCUGGGUUAGGCAUGAACCCUAUGUUGCCUUCUAUCAGUUAAAACCACUGGAGCUUACAAGUACUCCAAGCUCAAGUUUAUGGAUGCCGUGAUGUUGUACAUUGAUUCCCCGGAGAUAGGCCUGGGGUUUGAUAUAUUGUUUGGCUGGCAGUUGCUGGAAUGUACAGAAAAUUAUUAAAUUUGUAAAGUCUUAAAAUGUACAUAUAUACAAUACAAUACAUCCAGGUUCAUUUGUCUAUAUAUUCAUUUGAAAUAGCAAUUAUGAUGAUUUCAUAUGA